AUGGCUUUCUUCACAGUCGCUUCGGUUCUUCUCGCGUGGAUCGCGCCUGCUUUGUCUAUCACGGUCACCGAGAACGACUCGUCGUAUAUCGUCGAUACCGAAAGCAGCUAUGGCUUCAAGACGACCAUCAGCCGGUCUAGUUGCGAUAUCACCUCGUUGAACUACUACGGCACUGAAUACCAAUAUUCGGGCACCGCCAGUCACAUCGCCUCUGGUUUGGGAUCAGCAACCGUGUCCUACUCUACCAGCGGUAACUACGUUAUCGUCCAAUGUGUCGCAAGCAGCAGUGACUUCGACCUCACGCACUACAUGGUAUUCGCCGAUGCUGCGAAUGACAUCUACAUGGGCACAUACACCAACUCCGAACCUUCCAUCGGAGAGUUGCGCUUCAUAUUCCGUCUCACGGGACUCGAAGACGCGUACCCCUUCGGAGACGUGUCCAACACGGAAGGCGGUACAGCUAUCGAGGCUUCCGACGUCUUCCUCGUUGGCGACGAGACCCGCAGCAAGUUCUACUCAUCUGAACGAUUCAUCGAUGAUGAUGUCUACUGUGCUACGGACUCCGGGGCCUCGGUCCAUGCGUGCUGGGUACGGCCCAACAUCCAAGCCACGGAAAAGAGCUCUGGCGGACCAUUCCACCGUGACAUCGACCUAAACUGGGGCGGUGAUUACCACUCGGUCACUUACUACAUGAAUUCCGGCCACGUGCAGACGGAAGCUUACCGUCAGGGAUUCCACGGUCCGUAUGUCUUCUCGUUCGCCCGAUCCGGCGUUCCCACCGCCAGUGCCUACGACGUGUCCUUCUUCGAUGAUCUAGGCCUGCUGGGCUAUGUCCGCGCAUCAGAGCGCGGUACAGUGACCGGCGAGGCAACGGGCGUGUCAAGCGAAUUCCCCAUUGUGCUGCACUGGUACAACGACGACUACCAGGCCUGGGUCUACGCAUCAUCCAACGGUGCCUUCACCUCACCCGCCAUUCCCGCAGGGAGCUACACCAUGGCGCUGUACCAGGACGAGCUACUGGCCGCGACCGCGACGGUCGCAGUCACGGCAGGCGGGUCAACCACCGCUAACAUCGCAGCUACCAACGCGAUUCUCACCGGAACUCGCACCACCGUGUUCCAACUCGGCGACUACGAUGGCCAACCGGCCGGCUUCCUGAACGCGGACAAGCAGCUGCGAAUGCACCCGUCCGACAGCCGCAUGUCCAGCUGGAGCCCUGGUACCGUGGCGUCGACCGACGCCGCCUCGUUCCCCAUGGCCAUCUUCAAGAGUGUGAACAACGGCCAAGUCAUCUCGUUCACGCUGUCCAGCGCUAUCGGCAGCGCGGCGACGCUGCGUCUUGCGACCACGCUGGCCUUUGCUGGCGGACGGCCCCAGGCUACGGUCAACAGCUAUGUGUGUAGUGCUCCCGCUGCGCCGACCAGCAUCGACAGCCGCGGUGUCACUAGAGGCGCCUACCGUGGCUUUGGAGAGGUUUACGAGUGCGAUAUCCCGGCGGGCACUUUGACCAGCGGCGCCAACACUGUCACGAUCAACAUUAUCUCUGGCAGCAGUGGUGAUACUUUCUUGAGCCCCAAUGUGGUCUUCGACGCUGUGGAGCUCUUCUACUAG